AUGAAGCGACCACUUCGCUCGUUGCUGCUUGGUCUGCUGGUUGUGGUGUGCUCAAUGCCGCAGGACUUUGCUCCGCCUCCGGCGGUCGGAGUAGGCCAGCGGCAAAGCCUCCUUGCUGCAUUGCCCAUCCAGUUGAUGCUACUGGGUGGUCAAGAGGCUACGGCUCAAACCAUGAGCACUGAAGGAACUAGAAUUGACGCAGGGACAGCCACCAGCAUCAUCUUUACUGUUGUAGCCGCUCUGUUGGCGUCAGCCACAGCCUUUCUUGGCCAGGCUGUGAAUGCUCUGAAAGACAGCACCGAGACGCAGGUGACGGCUCUGAAAGACAGCACCGAGACGCAGGUGACGGCUCUGAAAGACAGCACCGCGGCGCAGGUGACUGCCAUUGAGAAGAGGGUGGAGAUUGCCGAGACGAAGUUUGACCAGAAGUUUGACACCCUCAUCGAGGGCAUCAAACAACUGGUCAAAAGAGCAGUUGAAACCGUCCGCAAGAGGACAUCCUUUGAGGCAGUUGAGGAACAAUGUCCGCAGGAGUUGGUGGGCAUUGUUCAACCCAUCAAGGACAAAAUGACAUCAUUGAAACAACAAGUGAUGACCGAAGAUGGGACAAUCAAAAAGGUCUUGGAGGGCUUGGACGAAGACAAGUUGAAGGUGCUAAAGCGUGUGUUUGGCAAUGUGGAUGAGCACGGCAACAAAAGGUCAUCAUCAAAGAUUAUCACAGAGGACAAACUCAUCCAAACCGCUCCUUUUGUUAUGGAUGAGUUGGACAAGGUUGAUGGCUAUGUGAAGCACCUUUCUUCUUUGAAGGAAACCAUCUUUGCUACAUACACUGAAUGCUACGCAAGGUCAUACAACCAGUGUAGCAAUGGUCUAACCGUCAAUUUUGACAAUGAGAUGUUCAUCAAGGACAUUGACAGCGCCAUCAACUACCAGUCCAUCUUGCGCCGUGUUGCCGAACGAAACCAAAACGGGGAAGACAACGGUGAUGCCAACAGGGCAAAUGCCUUAAAUGAAGGGUCAAACCGUUGUGUAAUUUGUUGA